AUGGCUACCACCGCGGCCACCACCACCCAUCCUAACGCAGAUAAACCCACCGUAAUCUGCGUUUUCUGUGGCGCCCACAAGGGCACAUCCCCCGCCCACCUCGCCUCCGCCCGCGCCCUCGCCCACAUCUUCCACAAAGCAAACAUCACCCUCGUCUACGGCGGUGGCACAGGGGGCAUCAUGGGCGAGCUCGCACGUACGCUAGUCUCCCUCUCGGGCCCCAGGGCUGUCCAUGGUGUGAUCCCCACCGCCCUCGUCAAGAUCGAGAAUGGAUACCGGACAUCGCUUACAGCUGCUGAAUCGCAGGUGGGCGGGAAGGCGCCGGAGCGGGUAGUAAUUAUGAGUGAGGAUGGUGGUGAUGCUGGCAAGGCGGAGGGGGGAGGGCAGCAGCGGGGAUCGUUGCUAGGGGAGUCGGAGUAUGGCCUUACGACGCUUGUGCCGGAUAUGCAUACGCGCAAACGGAUAAUGGCGCAGAAGGUUAUGGAGGGAGGUCCCGGGAGUGGGUUUGUGGCCCUUGCGGGCGGCUUUGGGACGCUGGAGGAGGCUAUGGAGAUGGUUACGUGGAAUCAGCUUGGGAUCCAUCAUUGCGGGAUUGUGUUGUUGAACAUUGAUGGGUAUUGGGACGGGCUUUUGCAGUGGGUGGAGAAGAGCGUGGAGUCUGGAUUUGUGAAUGAAGCGAAUAAGGGCAUUUUGGUGGAAUGUCGCAGUGUUGAGGAGGUUUUGGGGGCAUUGAGGGAUUACAGGCUCAGUGAGGGGAGAUACACGCUGGAUUGGGCAUCUAGUUAA